AUGUCGACUGCAGGUCAUCCGAAGACGGGCGGUCAGACUGAUCCCGAGAAUCGCGUGCUCAAUGCGGUAGUGAUUGUAAUGGAGCCUGCGAGAGCGCAGCAGACUUCACGCUGCUCAGCUGGCUAUGUGGAAGAUGGUGACGCGAAUGUGGAAGAUGGCGACGCGAAUGGUGACGCGGGUGUGGACUUGAAUGUGGGUGAAGAUGACACGAAUGUGGAAGUUGAUGAUGUGAAUGUGGAUGAGGGUGAUGCGGACGCGGAGGUGAAGGUGAACGCGAUUGUAAACGAGGGUGCCGAUGGGGACACAACUACUCACGAGGGAAAUGCACUGAAUGGGGAUGGUGACACGACUAGCGGUGUGGAUUUUAUCCGUGAGUUUGCUCACGCCUCUCGGACCAAUGCUGAGCAAGAGCGUGAUAAACGAAAGAAGCGACCUGAGUCGCAGUUGUACUAG